AAAUUGUAGCAAGAGCAAUUUCUGAGCCUGAAUGUAAUCAAUACGCUCAUCCUAAAGGUCGAUUGCAUGCUCGUCAGGCUUUGGCGAAUACUUUUGGUCCUUUAUUUAAUAGAACUUUGGACCCUGAAACAGAAAUAAUUGUAUCUGCUGGUGCUAGUGAAGGUCUUUCUGACCUUUUCGCAGCGUUCUUAAACCAUGGAGAUCACGCUAUUUUGAUCGAACCUUUUUAUGAUCAAUACGUUGCCAACAUUACGAUGAAUGGUGGUGUACCUAUAUAUGUCCCAUUACGCCCGACCGGUGAUCCAACACAGAAUAUUUCUUCGCGUGAAUGGAAAAUAGACAUCGAUGAACUUCGCUCUAAAAUUACUCAAAAGACUAAACUUAUUGUUUUUAACAAUCCACAUAAUCCAACAGGAAAAGUUUUUUCUAGAGAAGAAAUGAUGGAGAUUGGAAAAAUAGCACAGGAAUUUAAUUUACUUGUCAUUAGUGAUGAAUAUGACCGUUUUUGUUAUGCUCCAGAUGUUUUCGAACGCUUUGCUACUCUUCCUGAAAUGUGGGAGCGUACCAUCACUGUUGGUGAUAGUGGUAAGACUUUUGGAACAACCGGUUGGUGUGUUGGAUGGUUAAUCG